UUGUAUGCGUCAUCGGCGGGACCGCUCCGGCGCCUCUGCGGAAACCGAAGCAAAACCCAAAACCCCUUCCUCUCCCCGCCAAAAAAAACGAACUCUAUCGUCGUACUCGUUCGAUCCUCGGCCCCCUCCUCCGAAACCCCUAACCCUUCUUACGAUCCCAAAACCCUAACGGUCUCCACCCUCUCACUCCUUGAAUGCGUGGUCGAAUUGGCUCCAUGGCGCUCCUCUCCUUCGCCAGCUUCGUCUUCUCCGACGAGACCGAGCCCUCCACCGUCGUCUCCGUCUCCGUCUUCGUCGCCGUGCUCUGCCUCUGCAUCGUCGUCGGCCACCUCCUCGAAGAGAACCGAUGGGUUAACGAGUCGAUCACCGCCAUAGUUAUCGGAUGUAUUGUUGGAACGAUUAUCUUGUUUUCAAGUAAAGGCAGGAACUCUCAUAUUCUAAGAUUUAAUGAGGAAGUCUUCUUCAUAUAUCUCCUACCACCAAUCAUUUUCAAUGCUGGAUUUCAGGUUAAGAAGAAACAGUUCUUCCAGAACUUUUUGACCAUAAUGUUCUUUGGAGUAAUCGGAGUGUUCAUUUCAUUUGCCAUAAUUUCAGCAGGCUGCUGGUGGCUCUUCCCAAAGGUUGGUCUCAGCGGACUUGAUGCUCAGGAUUAUCUAGCUCUUGGAACAAUAUUUUCGUCUACAGAUACUGUGUGUACACUACAGGUCCUUCGUCAAGAGGAGACCCCCCGGUUAUACAGCUUAGUAUUUGGGGAAGGAGUUGUUAAUGAUGCUACAUCCGUUGUCCUUUUUAACGCAAUAAAAAAACUUGAUUUUUCUAAGCUUGAAGGCUGGGCCAUCUUUCAUGUGGUCAGAGAUUUUCUGUACUUGUUCUUGACAAGCACUGCAUUGGGAAUUGCUACUGGGCUUUUGACAGCUUAUGCUCUUAAAGCUCUAUAUUUUGGUAGGCAUUCCACUGACCGUGAAAUAGCUCUGAUGGCUCUAAUGGCUUACUUCUCAUACAUGUUAGCAGAGUUACUACAAUUGAGUGGAAUUUUGACCGUAUUCUUUUGCGGCAUUGUCAUGUCACACUAUGCAUGGCAUAAUGUGAGCGAAAGCUCAAGAAUCACUACAAGGCAUAUAUUUGCUACAUUAUCAUUCAUUGCUGAGACGUUCAUUUUUCUUUAUGUGGGUAUGGACGCUCUCGACAUUGAUAAAUGGAAGACUGCAAAAACUAGCUUUAAGACAUUGUCUGGCAUAUAUGGUAUCAUCAUUUCUCUGGUUCUGGUGGGCCGUGCUGCUUUUGUGUUCCCUCUCUCCAUCUUAUCUAACUAUAUAAGCUCAAAGUCUGAAAGACAACUAAUCACUUUCAAGCACCAGGUAAUAAUUUGGUGGGCUGGUCUAAUGAGAGGUGCUGUAUCUAUUGCUCUUGCAUUUAAUCAGUUCACAUAUUCUGGGGUGACAUGGAAUCCGGUUCACGCAACAAUGAUCACUAGUACUGUAGUUGUUGUUCUCUUCAGCACAGUGGUGUUUGGUUUUCUGACAAAGCCGCUGAUAACUGCAUUGCUACCUCACCAUUCUCAGGAGAGCACCGACCACAAGGACGAUAACAUGCCAAAAGACGAUAUUGCCCUUCCAUUCUUAUCUGCCGAUAGCUCGGCAGGAAGUGGCUUUCUCCAAGCCAAGAGAAGCUUAUCCAUGCUGCUUGAAAGGCCGGUCCACACUAUACAUGCUUAUUGGAGGAAAUUUGAUGACAAGUACAUGAGGCCGGUUUUUGGCGGACCUAACUAACUUUGUUGUUUUUUUUUGAGAAAAGGUAGCACGCUACCGGCUUCAUUCAUUGAAAAUAUGAAUUAGGCUACAUGGGUGAGGCAGCCAGGGCCUCGAAGGAAGGGCGCGAAAAAAAAAAAAAAAAUCGCUAUGGUAGGACAUCUAGCAGUUUAUGCACACAGCUUUUAGGAUUUCAGCAGCUCCUUAAAUUUGUACACCGCUACGAGGGGAUCUAGUUAGAUGUUUCGAAAGAUCAUAUCGUUCCUAGCCUUCCACAUAGUCCACCAGCACGCGGCCAAUUCAGGGAGGCUAUGUCUCGUAUUCUGCCAUUUUGGCGGACCUAACUAACUUUGUUGUUUUUUGGAUUAAACUAAUGUAUAGCUUGUUUGGAAGCACUGUAUGUAGAGCUAUAGAAGGGGGUUCGCCCGUGUUUCCUAGUAGGAUCUUUUCUGUAAGUAAAUCUCUGCAUCGGUUAACUGUCAGGUGCACUAGUAAAUAGUGAUAGAAGAGAUCGAGCAUGUUCGCGAGGCGCGCCCUGUAAGGGCCUUUUUCCUGGAUGGUUUUUUUUUUCUUCUUUUUUUUGGCUUUUUAAUGCGAGUUUGAUUGUCGAUUAUUUUGAUUGAAGCAAGUACAUAGAAUUUGAAAGAUCUUA